AUGACUACUUUAGGAGCAGACGCAAUUAAGGUGGACCCGAGGACCCUGGAAGAACUGAGGAACGUGGCCAUCAGAUCUGAGGUCGCAGAGAGGAGACGCAACAACUCUACCACCAUUCAGGAGAACACCAACCUUGCGCUCCUCAAUGCUUUGCAAGACAUAAGGGAUGAUUUGAAGUCCAACAAUCAGCAACCACCUCAAUACCAACAACAACCCAGACGAUCUGGAAGACAGAGACCACCACACCCAGGCUUUCAUCAUCAGCAGCCGCAGCAACAACCCCGGUGGCCAGACUUUCAACAACCCCAGUGGCAGCAAUCUCGGUGGCCAGAUCAACAACAACCUCGGUGGUCAGCACAGCCGCAACAGCAACCUGAAUGGCAAGAACCUGAUUGGCAGCAACCUCAGGGUCAGCAACAUCAGUGGCAGCAACCCCAGUGGCAGCAUGGACCACGGCCUGCCGGACCUCCUCAUCAUGGACCUCGCAGACCAGCCCAGUCCUACCACAAGAAGGGGAACUUUGGAAUUCAACAUUACAUGUUUGGGAUAUUCAUGGUCCUUUCCUUGUGUAUGGUGAUGGUGGAAUCAAGUAAAGUGGACACAUCAGCUUCUGAGGUCGUACAGCGAAUCAACUAUGGGGUCAUCUUUCAGGAACAGUCAAGUCUAAUGCUAGCUCAAGAAUAUUGGCUCCAUACCUUUCAUAUUCCUCUACCAACCAGGUUUCAUGUGAACAAAGUACCAUUUUGUAAUCUAAGUAGUACUCACCAAAUUACCUAUUGCCUAUUACUUAACAAUCUGGCUAACUUCAUCCAUGAUAAACGCAUGAAAAACUUAGUGCAUGGAAUCAAGGCUAACUCUGACUAUAUCACAAAAGUAGCUUCUGAAUUCAAUAACAAACUCUUUGAUCUUGAAAAUGCUUUUGUUAACGUUUCGGAAAUUCUUACUAACCAGGUAUAUGCUUAG